AUGUCAAUGCCAUUAGAUCAGCAACCUCCACCAGACUUUGUGCUGCAGCAAAAUGCAAACCCUCACUCACCCCAUGGCUCCAUUGGUGCAGUGGUUGCUGUUCUUGUUGUGGUCAUAAUCUUGGGUGUGGUUGCUGUUGUAAUUGGGAGGCUCUGCUCUGGGAGGAGCAUAAUGGGAUAUGGCCAUUAUGAUUUGGAGAGCUGGGCAGAGACAAAAUGCUCAUCUUGCAUUGAUGGAAGAAUCAACCCACCACUUUCCAGGCCUAAUGUGUCUUGCUCCUCUGUUUCAACUUCAACUCCAGCCCAAACCCAUCAAGGAUCUGAGCUUCAGCAAGAAGAGCAAUCUCCUCAAACCCCACAACCUGCAAAUCUUUGA